GGGGUACCUGGGGCAAAAAGUGGUACGGUCAAUACCGUAGUGACCGUACCCUGUCCGACGCCCCUGCAUACUGAGGUAGGAAUAAAAUAAUAUAAUUCUAUUUUUUUUAACUUGAGGAGGCGCGUAAGACAGAAGUCCUUGAUCAAGAGUAAAGGUACUGCCGUGUAGUAGACGUGGAAAUCCAGUCGAAUGACCGAGGCCGGCGCCCCUCAGCACAUACAGAUCGUUGCAUGCAGUGCACAAUCAAAUCGUGUUCAUCUGAUGCGACCAGCGCGCUGCAGCGCAUAAAAUGCAUGUGUGUACCGCUUACCCACGGCUGCAUGGCCAGCGCCCAGGGGCCGCUAGACUUGCGACCGGAUUUCCGUGUCCACGGCAGUCACUGAGUACUGUAAUAGUAGUCAAACACACCGACUACACAGUAGCCCAUGCAGUGGCAAUACACACUACACAGUAGCCCAUGCAGUGGCAAUAUUUUGUGGGCACUUGCCUUCCCCUAUGGUGGCACCCUGGCAUGAACAAAACUUCCUAAGCUGCUUGUGCUUCAAAACACAAACUGUCGCCUGCAAUGCUUAUGUGUGAACUUAAACCGGUUACUUUACUUGCCCUCCGCUACAAAUAUUCAAUUGCCUUAAAACUCACCCAGCAACAUCAUACAUCACAGAACCUACAUGUAGAUGUAGAUACUACAUGUAGGAGGUUCCAGAAUGGACACAAUUUACUAUUGCCGCAUGGUCCAUAUGGUAUAAUGUCAUGGCCACAAUCAAUACUGUAAAACGGGCAACGUUUGCGACAACAUUUGUUUGCGUUUUACAAAUUGAGACUGGUUUGCGCUGUUUAAUGUUUGCGAGUCGUUCUACACAGUCGAGUCAGUCCUUGCACUGAACUUUGCAUGGCACGAGUUUGCGUUGUUCAAAGUUUGCGAUUCGGGGCCUCUCGCGGCAAAAUUCGCAAACAUUUUUACGUUGCAAUAGUUACCUGUUUUACAGUAUUCUCUUCAGACGUUUUCCGCUUCAAUCUGACUCAGGCUAUUAUCACGGGGACUGGCCCGCCUCACAGACUAUAUUACUGUUACACACUUUGGGAGGGUUAGAGCAAAACCUGCAGUCUAAGCUGAACGCUCAAUGGUAAUCAUGGUAACCCUCAACACAUCAGGGCCUGUACACACUCGGGUGGUCGGUGGUAUCCUUGCCCAAGACCAUUGCCAUGGAAGUGCCAUUCCUUUCGUCCUGGUUCUAGUGAUCUUCUGGGACAGGUCAGUUAUCUGUCAAAUCCUCAUGGUGGCAACGGCACUGGUUUCUACGUCAUUGACAAGAACUUGAACAUGACAAAGUUAGAAAAUCACCAGUCAACUUACGCGAAUCGCAUGAUCCACCCGCAGUCCAACACAGUCAUCAUCGGCGCCUGGGUCAUAAGCACGAAUGGCAGCUACAGGACAUUUGAGUCACUGCUCCAUGUCCGGGUUGGUGGAAUGGCUGUACAUCUGACCGACCCUGAACACAAGGUGUACAUGCUUGGCAUGGAUGGUCCACUGUGGGAGUGUGAUGUGUACGACAUGAACUGCACACAACUAUUUGACUUGGUCAAGGAACUUGCCAUUCCGACAUCAUCUGGUGAGCAGGUUCACUUCAAGGCAGCACACAGCAUGAAUGGACGGCUGGUUGUAGCCUCCAAUACGGAAGAAGAGGAUGACUUUCUUGGAACAGCUCAUGGUGGUAGACUGGCAGAGUGGCAAGGACCUGGUCACGAGUGGGCAAUUCUGGCAAACACGGCAUUCACAGAGGUCACAGGGCGUGGGAAUUUUGGAAAAGUCAUCUACGCGGUUGGCUGGGAUGCCAAGUCUCUUAUUCUGAAGACAUUUGUUGGUGAUGCCAAAUCUGGUCCGGUAAAACAAUGGUUGACGUAUCGCUUGCCAAAGGCAUCACAUGCUUACGACCACCUGUGGCAGACGGAGUGGCCACGUAUUCGCGAGGUGGAAACCGAGCGCUACUUGAUGGACGGGCUGGGGCAGUUCUAUGAGCUUUCCCCUCUUGGCUGGGCCAGCGCUACCUGGGGUAUCCGUCCUGUGUGCAGACACCUCAGGAUGAUACCUGACUUUGCAUCCUAUAGAGGAUUUCUAGUGCUUGGCGGAAACCAGGUGUCUCCUAUCCGAGACAAUAACGUGGUGACAGGCCAGGCUCAGUCCGGCCUCUGGUUCGGAAAGACAGAUGAUCUGUGGCGUUUUGGCAAGCCACAGGGCUGGGGCGGUGUGUGGAGGCAAGACCAAGUGGCAGCCAAUGCAAUUUCGGAUCCGUUCCUUAUGACGGGCUUUGAUGAAAAGGUGUUACAUAUCACAACGCAUAACACUGUACACCCGCAGGCAUUCAUCACAAUUCAGGUGGAUUUCCUGGGCACCGCCGGGCACGUCAGCGGCGAGAGCUGGGUGAACUACACAACGGUGGAGCUGCCGGCCAAGGGUUACGACUAUGUGGCAUUCCCGGAUGGAUUCAGCGCACAUUGGGUACGCCUAGUCAGUCAAUAUCCAGCAAUUCUGACGGCGUAUUUCCACUACUCAUAGAAAAUAGCAACUAUGGGUGCUCCGAUAGCGUGACUACUGCUGAAUCUGCUCCAUUCUACCCGUGCAUAGUAUGAUACGGUGGUGAUGCUGUGGCUUACGUGAUACUCUAUGACAGCAUAGCACUUGAUGCAGUACUUCAUGAUCUACUGUGGUCUCCAUUGACAAUGAUAACUGGUUUGUAGACCAUGGUGGAUUAUUAACUGUUAGUGAUGGCAUCAGUGCAAUGUGGGUGAACGAGGACGCACGAUCAUGGGAUACGCACAUAAUGGUGUAUGCCACAUUCAGGUUUUGCCUCUCAUCAAUUCGUCACAUCUCUUAUAAUGUACCGCAGUGGAUUCCUCAGCAAUCUUUGACCAUGCAGAUAACAGUGCAUUAUCACAACCGUUCAAACUAUACUUGAUGCAAUACAGUUGCAACCGGUAACUUGCUUUACAACCUGUACAAUGUAAUGUAAUUAUAAUAAUGAUGUAAUUAUGUACACUUGACUCAACUAACUGCUGGUACAGUAGUAUGGUAAUGCACAUUACAAGCGCCUGCCAUACACACUGCAUUUUUAAUAGUAAUUUCUAAAUAAUAUUAUUUCUUACAUGACAGUUGAUUGGAAAGUAUUACACUUUAUUUCUGCGCA